AUGGCGUCUCUGCUGUGGCUAUGCUUCUUAGUAGCAAUUCUCCACCCAUCAUGCUUCACCAUUACAACCGCCAAACAAACUUACAUAGUUCAAAUGAACAAUCAUCAAAAACCCACAUCCUAUCUCACUCACCACGACUGGUACGAAGAUAGUCUGCAAUCUCUCGCUUCCACUAACCCCGAUGCCAUUCUAUAUUCCUACACUAACGCCUACCACGGUUUCUCCGCCUCCUUAGAUCUAGACCAAGUGGAGGCCCUCCGACAAUCGGAGUCUGUACUCGGGGUUUACGAGGAUACAGUUUACCAACUCCACACCACUCGCACUCCUGAGUUCUUAGGGAUCGAAAAUGAAUUGGGGCUGUGGUCUGGCCAUACGCCGCAGCAACUCAAUGCAGCGAGCCACGAUGUCAUCAUCGGCGUACUUGAUACAGGAGUUUGGCCGGAGUCGAAGAGCUUUGACGAUGCUGCUAUGCCCGCUGUGCCUGCUCGAUGGAAGGGUGAGUGUGAAGAAGGAGAAGAUUUCAAACCAACCGUCUGCAAUAAGAAACUGAUUGGUGCUCGGAAGUUUUCCAAAGGUUUCCGGUUGGCAGCCGGUGCUAUCUCGAAGGAGAAGGAGUCGCCGCGAGACCAAGACGGACACGGGACACACACUUCAACGACAGCGGCGGGGGCACAAGUGGGAAACGCCAGUUUGUUCGGGUUUGCUAGUGGGACGGCGCGUGGCAUGUCUGUCCACGCGCGAGUCGCGACGUACAAAGUUUGUUGGAAAACCGGUUGUUUUGGUUCAGAUAUCCUCGCUGGUAUGGAUCGGGCAAUUUCCGAUGGUGUUGAUGUGUUGUCCAUGUCCCUCGGCGGAGGUUCCGCGCCUUAUUAUCGCGAUACAAUUGCUAUCGGAGCAUUCAAAGCCAUGGAAAUGGGUGUGUUCGUGUCGUGUUCCGCCGGAAACAGCGGACCCGCUAAGGCAUCACUUGCCAACGUCGCUCCAUGGAUAAUGACCGUCGGUGCCGGAACUCUCGACCGAGAUUUCCCGGCUUACGCCGUAUUAGGGAACGGAAAACGUGUCACCGGCGUUUCUCUGUACAGUGGGAAAGGUAUGGGUGAUAAACCGAUUGAAUUGGUUUACUUCAACGACAAAGGAACCGGAAGUUCGAGUAAUUUAUGUAUGCCCGGUUCACUUCAACCGGAUGCCGUACGUGGUAAAGUAGUUUUUUGCGACAGGGGUGUCAAUCCACGUGUUGAGAAAGGUCAGGUGGUGAAAGAAGCCGGUGGUAUCGGAAUGAUACUAGGAAACACGGCGGAGAGCGGGGAGGAGUUGGUUGCCGACAGCCAUAUGCUACCGGCGGUUGCCGUGGGUAGAAAAAUCGGAGACGAAAUCCGUGAAUACUUGAAAACAGAGAAGAAUCCCAAAGCGUUGCUUAGCUUCGGAGGAACGGUGUUGGGCGUUAAACCGUCGCCGGUGGUGGCAGCAUUCAGUUCCAGAGGUCCGAACAUGGUGACUCCGCAGAUAUUGAAGCCGGACGUAAUUGGUCCCGGAGUCAACAUCCUGGCUGGGUGGUCAGAGGGAAUCGGGCCCACCGGGUUGGAAAUGGAUACCCGGAAAACCCAGUUCAACAUCAUGUCAGGUACAUCCAUGUCGUGCCCACAUAUCAGUGGCUUAGCAGCACUCAUAAAAGCGGCACAUCCAGGGUGGAGCCCUAGUGCGAUCAAAUCAGCGCUCAUGACCACCGCCUACACCGUCGACAACACCAAAUCACCGCUGCGUGACGCCGCCGGAGGCCAAUUCUCCACCCCAUUCGCCCAUGGAGCAGGUCACGUCGAACCACACAAAGCAAUUUCUCCCGGACUUGUGUACGACAUCUCAACGGAAGAAUACAUCGCCUUCGUCUGUUCAUUAGGUUACGACAUUAAACAAGUUCAAGCUGUCGUCAAUCGCGCUAAUGUCACCUGCGCCAGAAAAUUAGGCGACCCAGGACGAUUAAACUACCCAUCUUUCUCUGUUCUUUUUGGGAAAUCAAGAGUCGUGAGAUACACCCGGCAGCUAACAAACGUUGGCCUUGCCGGAUCUGCUUAUGAUGUAGUUGCAGAAGCGCCGGAGGGAGUUCAGGUCACCGUGAAACCAAAAAGGCUUGUUUUCAAGAAAGAAGGAGAUAAGAUGAGGUACACGGUUACAUUUGUCUCCCGGAAAAGCAACUCCGACGACCUUUUUGGGUCGAUAACUUGGAAGAACGCCGAGAAUCAAGUUAGAAGCCCGGUUGCUUUUGGUUGGGCCCGAGUUGUAUAA